AUGCAGUAUCCUGGGCCUACAGCGUCACUAGACGGCGAUCGCGACUCGGCAGCGUGUCUGGAUGGCCUCGACUGGUCGUUGUCGAUACCAGACAGCAGCAUCGGAUCUCAUACACUGUUCGCCGAAGCCCCUGCUGGAGAAACUUAUAAUUAUUCUUUUACAAAUCCCGCCUAUGCUCCAUUGUUCGAAAGUGCAAAUCUACCGAGCACCAGCGCUUCCUUCGCAGAUGAUAUUCAGCUCACUCAACCCAGAUUCACGAGGAUUGCUUCAUUCGGACAUCCUUCCGCAUCGUCACUGUCCAGUGGAUCGCCAUAUGUGCCUUCAAACGUCCGGUUUCUGUUAUCUCACUAUAUGAAUCAUGUUAUUGCCUCUCUUUCCGGGUUACCGCACACUGAAGCUCCCUGGAAAAAGAUUCAUGUUCCCUAUGCCAUGACCGCGUACGGAGAAUUGGAUGUCCUGGGACAAUCCAGCUUCGCUAGAGUCUCGCUCCUGUACAGUCUUCUUUCCUUGACCUGCUACCACCUUGCGACUCUCUAUAAGCCUAUCUCGGCUGGUAGUGGAACCGACAUCCAGGUCCUGCCGACUGACGACCAGGCCUCUAACUUACAAUACUGGAAUUCCCAGGGCCUCAAAUUCAGAGAAAUAGCCCGAACAGCUUUUCGAAAAUGUCUGCAAGCAAUGUCAACCGAGAAACCAGAACACAUCAAAUACAAGGAGGUCUUCGUGAGUGCCAUGAACCUGAUUUGUACCGGAAUAGUGAGUGGGGAUCCUUGGGACUCACGCCUUUUCAUUCUGCAAUGCGAAGAGAUUGUCAACAAGAUUGGCCGAAAGAAGGCGGCGUUUUCACAGAAAGCUCUGCAACUGCACCGAAUAUUCGCUUACAUCAGGGUCAUUGAGAAGACCACUUUUGUCCAGACGAGGGACCAGUAUCUCGUAACUCUUGGCAAAAAGCCCAUGCUUGCCAACGAAGUCGAGCUGGUGAAGAAGAUCCCCGAGGACAGUUUUCCCUAUUCGUCAAGUCUGGCGUCAAACUACGAGACCUGGUCAGAUCUGGGGCUGAGUGGACCGGAGGAAGAUUCAUUCAAUGAUUUCUAUGGCAUGCCUGCAUCCAUAUUGAGGCUGAUCGCAAGAACCAACAAUCUGGUCGCCCAGAUCGACCCGCCACAGCAUCAUGGCACCGCUCAGCCUCACAUGCCUGCGAACUUGGUCGAUGCUGCCGCAGGCUUGGAAAGAGAUAUUUGCCGUUGGGAGACGCCGCGAAAGCCCGCCGAGAAUAGCGACAAUCCUUUUGACUUAUUGAACUGCAGCAGCUCUACCAACGACAUCCCGGAUCUUGCACAGACCAUGAAGUCCAAUAUUGCGACCGCGAUGCACCAUGCGUUGAUGGUCUAUUUCUUCAGGUUCUAA